GCUACACAAGUUCUUUCUUUAAGCCUAAAAAAAAAAAGACGUCGUGCGUACUCUCUUCCCUGUGUUCACCUUCAACCGUCUCCCUCGCCUGGUCGCCUUCAUCCUUCUCUCUUCAGACUUCGCCGGACCACCUGAAGACGGGCGCCGCCGACGACCCACUAGACGAUCUACGUCGACUCACCAGACGCUUCCGCUGCUAUCUCGCCUGAUUUUCUCCUCAAAAUAGGGUCUUUUUUGGAAAUACCAAAUUUUUUUAGACUCAAUGGACCUCAAACCCUUUAGACUCGACAUUGAUGACCUUAUCAAUGAGUUUGCAAAGGGUGAAAUGACUACAUUAACUGAUAUGAAGAAAAUAUGGCUUUCUAAAAAAUUCUCAUGCAUCUUCCAGGCUAAACCCAAUUCAAAAUUAGGUUUCUUUAUGCAAUCUCUUUAUUCCCAUUCCAUAGGUUACAUGGUAUCUAAUUCUUCCAUAUCACACAGAAUCGGAGGGCUUUAUUGUCUUUUCUGCCUACAUGAAACACAACCAUUCAAGCCUCCCUUCAGAAUCUAUUUAUGUGCAAGGGAAAUCAAGAGGCUUAAGGAACUUGUUGUUGAUGCAAAAAAAGAGAAUAUAGAAAUUGUAUCAAUUUUAGUUAAAAAUAUGUUAGAAAGGGAUUUAUUUCUUUAUGGAGCUACUGAUUUAAAACAAGGAUCUGUUGAAGAAAGGGUGAAUGAAUUAACAAAUUUACAAGAUGCACGUGUUCAACAUGCCAAUAAAAAGUUAUUUAAAGACACGGAAAUCGAACGUUACAUUAACAUGGACAUGGAUAAAGAAUUUGAUGUUGAUUCACUCAAGAAAAUGUCAAGAGAUUAUUAUUCGGCUAAAGAGCUAGCUAUAAAAGAAGCGGAAAAGGUGGUGGAUACACGUGAUAUAAAGCACAUUGCUGAAAACCAGAUAUUGAUUGGGGAUGUGAUUGGGAAAACAAGUGAAGAUUGGAAUGUUGAGAAAGAAAUGUUUUAUAAGAAAACUGGACACGUGGCAGAAAUCCAGAGCAAAGAACAACAAAAUGGAAAUGGAGAAGACUUUGAAGCAAUUGAGUUUAAUGAGAAUUCAGGAGAGGAAGAUUUCCACUUUCCACAACCUCAACGAGCGGAAAAAAAGUUGUUGAUUAAGAAGAGAAAUCAAAUGGCAACAUUUGAGUUGUAUCGUAGGUCAACAAUUGGAAUGUGUUUGACUGAAACUUUGGAUGAGAUGGUAUCAAGUGGGAUUCUUGGUCCUGAGCUUGCUAUCCAAGUUCUUGUUCAGUUUGAUAAGUCAAUGGCUGAAGCUCUGGACAAUCAGGUUAAGACCAAGGUCUCUAUUAAGGGGCAUUUGCACACGUACAGAUUCUGUGACAAUGUGUGGACAUUCAUUCUUCAAGAUGCUCUGUUCAAGUAUGAUGAAUGUCAGGAAAAUGUUGGAAGGGUUAAGAUAGUGGCAUGUGACUCAAAAUUGCUUGUUCAAUGAGAAGAUUAUAUGUGAUUUGGUAAAUUUUUAAGCUUAGAAUCAAUGAAUGAAUGUUAAUGUCUUAAUGAAUGAAAUAUUAUGGGGUUUGUUCCUCUGUUGUAAACUUAUCAUGGAACAGAGUGAAUUCCAUACAAUUUCCCCAUAAACUCACUCACUUGUGUCACUCUAAUUUCAUUUCACUUUUUUUUUGGCUUUUCAAAAGUGAUUAUUUCGCCGUUUUUGUAACUAUUUUAAAGGUAUAAAUAUUGGGAGAAAAAAAACAUUAAAUGGAC